CUGCUGUGCGCGAUGGACGUGGCUUCAGGAAUGAGCCAUUUGCAUUCCAUGAAAAUUAUACACGCGGACCUGAAACCGGCAAAUGUUCUGCUCAAGAGCGCGCAUGCGUCUGCAGACGACCCCCGCGGCUUCACCUGCAAGAUCGCUGAUUUUGGGAUGGCCCGGAUGCUGUCGGCGGAUGACAGCUACAUUUCAACUGAGACUCUUGGGUCUCUGCCAUAUCUGGCCCCAGAGGUGCUGCAGCUGAACAAGGUGACUAAGGCUGGUGACGUGUACAGCUUUGCUGUGUUACUACUGGAGAUGUGGGUCGGGGGCGGUGCCUAUCAGGACCAGAACUACCACCAGGUGAGUUUUGCAUGCAAGAUCGUCUUCUGCGGCCUCCGGCCUCUGGUGCCGGCCGACAUGCCAGCCGCGUACCGCGCUCUGCUCGAAGACUGCUGGGCCGCGGACGCAAAGCUCCGGCCGACCUUUGAUGGCAUCUUG